AUUCAACAGAGUAAAAAUAAAAUAGAAAUAUAUAAUGUCUGCAAGUGAUAUCGCGGGAAUUGAACUCACCAGUGGACCGACUGGUCUGAAGAGCAGGAUCCUUGUGAGAAACCUUCCGGUAUGCACCCGCCAGGAGCUGGCUUACCUCUGCUUGCCCUUCGGCGAAAUCCUUGGCUCGCUGGUCACCAAUAACCAGGGGUUUAUCCAGUUCGCUAGGGAGAGCGAGGCCAAGCUCGCCAUAGAGACGCUCGACCAUACUACCUUCAAAUCUAAGGUUAUCCUUGUUUCGAACGCAAGCUUCCGUUCGCUCAACGCCAGUUGCUUGGGCUAUGCUCCCCCGGGGCAGAUGAUGAUCGAGUGGUCUGAUGAGGAUGACGUCGAUGAAUACGAUGAUUACUCCGAAAGUGAUGACGAAGAUGGCCCGGGAGACAUGCAACUGUAUAAUGCUAAUUUUAUAUAAACACUUAUCAAUAAAGUGUAUUACAGUUU